CGAUGAGAUGUGGUCCUGACUUCUUCUCGUCGAGACGAAUUCUUUCCUUGAUCCUCCUCUGUCUUCACCACAUCUCAGCGUCCCGCCACUACCUUGACCAUCACCACCACCCCACCUCCCUCUCACGCUACGAUGGCUGCCGCCGCUGCUGCCGCCGUAGCAAAGGUGGCGCUGCACUCGUCGAGGUCAAUUGUCAAUGUGACCCCGGCAGCUUCGUCGCCCGCUUCCCCCUUCUCAGCAUCCCUCACAGCGAAGUCAGCAGACGCUUCAGUUCACGAUGUCGCCUUCCACAACGAGCCCGCUGCCGAGUUGAUCAACCUCUCCAAGGCAGCUGCAUCCGGUGUCGUCUCACUCCUGGCCUCGGCGGAUACGUCGCUCCUCACCCGCUUCGUGCCACACCUCCCUGCUUUGGUCAACACGGCCUCGGUCAUUCACAUUGCCACAUCAGGUGAUCAUGCUGACGUACUCGCUCUGCGAUCUUCGGGUCUCAUCAUCCUACACUCUUCAACCGCCACUGAGGCCCACGACCAUGCGUUGCUGGCUGUACGCAUCGCUGCCACAACCAAAAGGGCGGUUCUGCAUUACUUCGAGACAGUCGAUGGCGACAAUGACGCCGUCCAGGACGAGGUGACAGAGGCUGAUCUCAAGUCUUUUGUGGCGAGUUCAUCAUCGUCGGCCACUUCCCCGUCAACGGCGCCCAAUGGAGUCAACGGCGUCAACGGCGUCAACGGAAGCAAUGGCUAUGCUGCAUCCAACGGCAAUGGAGUGGCAAACGGUAAUGGCGCCUCCCACGUCAAGGCGCCCGCUUCGACCGGUGACUUGGAUGCCGACCUUUCUGCCGCCUAUGAUGCCGUCUCCGACCUCGUAGGCCGCGAGGUCAAGCCCUUUGCCCUCUACGGUAGCUCGCAAGCAUCGGACGUGGCAGUCGUCCUUGGACCGGGUGCAGAGGCUCUUUCCAAGGCAGACUCAAGCCUCGCCGUUAUUGACGUGCGUCUCGUGCGACCUUCUCUCGCCACUUCCCUCCUCUCCGUCAUCCCCACGUCGGCCAAGCGCCUCAUCACUUUGGAGCGAAGUGCCCGCCGCACGACGCGCAUCGGGCCCCUUUUCGUCGACGUCGCCACUGCCUUGCAGUCAGACGAUUCUCGUAGCAUUCCCGCCACCUUUGUCAGCGGAUCACUUGGUCACAUCACCAGCAGCAACGCCAGCGACGCAGCAAAGACCGUUUCGAAUGCGCUCUCAUCGCAGAAGGCUGGUCACGGUGUGCUGAUUGGUGACACGGUCAAGAAGACCGCCGCGCCCGCUCCCGCGACCACUGCUCCUGUCACACCGCCCAAACACGAGGAGGCCUAUUCGAUCAUGCUUGACCAGGUCUUCAAAGAGCGUCUGGCGGUCAUCAACUCCCCGCACGACGAGACGGACCCCCACCCGGCUGCUCGCUCGCCAGAGUAUGCCUUCGGUCAAGUCAUGGGACAGCUCGAGCAGCGCGACGCCCUCGAGCGAGCAGUCAAGUCUGCUGUGCGCACCGGUGGUGUCUCGCCCGAGCUUCACGACAUUUUGUCGCAGUGGCUCGUGAGCAAGGACGACUCCACCAAGAGCGCCGCCCUCUCUGCCAAAUUCUCGACUCUCCUCUCCAGCGCCUCGUCUUCCCCUGACAUCGACAGCAUCAAGUCGCUCGUCUCGCACGCCGACAACAAGUCACGCUGGAUCGUUGGCUCUGACGCAUGGGCCUACGACGCUGGCAUGGGCGGUGUGCACCACGUCCUCGCCUCGGGUCGCAACGUCAAUAUGCUCAUCUUUGACACCUUGCCAUACAGCAAGCGUGACAGCAUCGACGCCUCAAAGCGCAAGAAAGACAUUGGUCUCUACGCAAUGAGCUACGGUGGCGCCUACGUUGCCAGCACAGCCGUCUACGCUGACUACACGCAGGUGCUUCACGCACUCCUCGAGGCAGACAAGUUCGAUGGCCCGUCCGUCGUGCUUGCAUACGUCCCCUACCGUACAGUCGAUGCAGCUGCCAUUGAGGUACUUAAGGAAACGAAGCUGGCUGUUGAUUCGGGCUACUGGCCCCUCUACCGCUGGGACCCAAGCGCCGAGAGCAAGGGCAAGGAGGUCUUCCGUCUCGACAGCACUCGCGUUCGCGAGCAGCUUCGCGAGUUUCUGGACCGUCAGAACCAUCUCAGCUUCCUCGCCAAUGCUCGACCUGAGCUUAGCUACGACUUGGCCUCAAGCCAGGGAACGGCGUUGCGCGAGAGGCAGAAGAGCAAGGCAAAGGAGGCGUACGAGAAGAUGCUUGACAACCUGGAUGGUCCGCCGCUUUUGAUUCUCUUCGCCUCUGACGGCGGCAACGCUGAAAAGCAGGCAAAGAAGCUCUCUGCCCGUGCCAAGGCUCGAGGAAUUGCUGCCCGUCUCCUUGCGAUGGACGAUUUCCCAGUGGCCGAGGAGCUCAAGGAUGAGGAGAAUGUCAUCUUCCUCACUUCGACCGCUGGUCAGGGUGAGGCGCCGCAGAACGGUCGUCUCACCUGGAAAGCGCUGCAGGCCAUGGAGUCAGGCUCGCUUUCCGGUGUCAAGUACUCCGUCUUCGGUAUGGGCGACUCACACUACUGGCCUCGUCCCGAGGACGCUCACUACUACAACAAGCCGGGCAAGGACUUUGAUCUCCGUCUCGAGAAGCUUGGCGCUGAGCGUGUGGCUGAUCUCGGUCUGGGCGACGACCAGGACCCUGAUGGACCGCAGACGGGCUACAAGGUUUGGGAGCCUCUCGUCUGGAAGGCCAUGGGCGUCGACGCAAUCGAGGUCAAGGAGGCUGAGCCCGAGCCAAUCAACAACGAGCACAUGAAGAUUGCCUCCAACUACCUGCGUGGAACGAUCGUCGAGGGUCUCGCCGACAAGUCGACGGGUGCCAUCGCUGAGACGGACCAGCAGCUGACUAAGUUCCACGGCACUUACAUGCAGUACGAUCGCGACACCCUCGACGAGCGCAAGGCUGCCGGUCUGGAGCCCGCCUACUCAUUCAUGAUCCGCUGCCGUAUCCCCGGUGGUGUCUGCACGCCCAAGCAGUGGAUGCAGCUCGACGAUGUGGCUGAGCAGUACGGCAACAAGACAAUGAAGAUCACGACCCGCCAGACGAUCCAGUACCACUGCGUGGUCAAGGGCAAUCUCAAGUCUGCGAUGCAGGGCAUCAACAAGGCUUGCCUCGAUACCAUUGCCGCUUGCGGCGACGUCAACCGCAAUGUCAUGUGCUCGCCCAACCCGGCCAUCUCCCAGCUCCACGAUGACGUCUACGAAUUCAGCAAGAGUAUCUCAGAGUACCUCCUGCCGCGCAUGAAUGCCUACCACGAGAUCUGGCUCGACAAGGGCACUGAUUCCAAAAACCAACUUCUCGCUGGCGGAGCCUUGAAGGACUACGAGCCCCUCUACGGCCCUUACUACCUUCCCCGCAAGUUCAAGAUUGCAAUCGCUGUCCCGCCACGCAACGAUACCGACUGCUUCGCGCACGACAUCGGUCUCAUCGCCAUCGCUGGCAAGGACAAGAAGCUCAAGGGCUUCAACCUCUCCGUCGGAGGCGGCAUGGGAGUCACGCACUCAAUGAAGGUCACAUACCCCCGUGCGGGCUCUGUCAUUGGCUUCGUCACCUGCGAGCAAACUCUCGAGGCGUGCAAGCAGGUCAUGCUUAUUCAGCGCGACACGGGCAACCGUGCUAACCGCAAGCAGGCUCGUCUGAAGUACACCAUCGACAAUUACUGGAAGGGGCCGGAGAACUUCCGCAAGGAGCUGGAGCGUCGCCUUGGCUACCAGCUGGCCGAGCCCGAGUCGUACAAGUUCACGACGAACACGGACGAGUACGGCUGGAAGAAGGAUCACCGUGGCAACUGGCACUGCACCCUGUGGCUCGAAAAUGGCCGCGUGAAGGACGUGCCUGGCGAGGAGUUCCGUAAGGGCCUUUACGAGCUUUGCAGGCGAAUGGAUGCGGAGGAAUGGGGCUCCAAGCUGCGCAUGACGCCCAAUCAGCACAUUAUCGUGGCCGAUGUGCCAGCCGACCGCAAGCAGGCGCUGGAGGAGCACCUUCGCGCUUGGAACAUGGACCAGUACGAGCGACUCACCGGCGUCUUCAAGUCCGCUUCUGCUUGCGUGGCCUUCCCUACCUGCGGUCUUGCCAUGGCAGAGUCGGAGCGUAUGCUUGGCGGCUUCGCAGGGCGUGUCGAGAAGCUGUUUGCGCGCUGGAAUUUGCAGGAGACCGAGGUCACUACUAGGGUCAGUGGGUGCGCAAAUGGGUGCUCGCGAUCCUGGCUGGGUGAGAUCGGGCUUGUCGGCAAGGCGCCCGGCACGUACCUCCUCUUGCUUGGUGGCGCACACGAUGGAUCAAGGCCCUCCAAGCCGUAUGCUGAGUCGGUCACUGAGGACGAGAUCAUCAAGCUCCUCGAGCCUGUGGUGGAGAGCUACGCCAAGCACAAGGAGGAGGGAGAGCCCUUUGGCGACUACGUCACCAGGGUGGGCAUCAUCAGAGCUACGACCGAGGGGAAGAGGUUCUAUGAGGAUUCGCUCAGUAACGGUGUGCCCGAGUGGCGCAACGCGCUUCCCGUGGGCGUUGACACUUUGCCCAAGGGGAAGAUCUCGUUGCCUGCGGUAGCAACCAGCGCUUAGAUGGGCAGACGAGCGCGCAAGGCGGAAGG